AUGGAGAGUGUUGAAUCUCUAUUGCUGUCGUCCAGAGAAAAUAAAGUUGUCACUCAAAUAUUGGGAAAAGGAAGAAAGGUUUCAACGAAUUCAUUAGCGACGGGUGUUGCUCAAAUAUUCCUUGCUUUGCCGUCUGAUCGAACUCAAUGGACGAAAUUAGGAACGGGUGUCGUUUGUCUCGUGAAAGAUAAGCAAGUGAAAUCAUUUUUCAUCCGAUUUUUUGACAUUAAGGAAAAAGUUCUCGUGUGGGAACAAGAACUAUACAAACAGUUCAAGUAUAGGGCAGUAUCAAAAUACUUUCAAACAUUUUUCGCUCAUGAUUGUCGUGCUGGAAUUAAUUUUUCUAGCGCUGACGAAGCUGCUACUUUUCGUGCUGCGGUAAUGGAGAGAGUUAAUAUAUUUAAAAAGAAAAGAGAAGUGGCUCGUCAAAAGAAACUUCUUGCUUAUCAACAACAACAACAAUUAAAUUAUCAAAUGCAAGCGUUACAAAACUCGUUCUUUAUGCCAAAUAUGCAAAGUAUGAUGAUGAUGAAGAUGAGAGCCCCUCUUGUCGCAGCCAAUCAAAUGCAAGCAAUGUUCAAUAGCAUGCCACCAGAAACACGGCAAGUCUUUUGGAUAACCUAAAGUUUGGUGGAUCUAUGCCCGCAAUGUCCCCAGGAUAUUCAUCGGCUAUGUUAAUGCGUGCUCCUCAUGUAAAACAGGCUUACCCGUGUAACUCAACUUCUUACCAAAGUCAACAACAACAUCAGCCAAAACAUCCAUUCUCCAAUGUUGGAGGAUCAUAUCAAACACACAGUAAUUUACAAGCGCAUCCUCAAGAAUAUGUUGUUGGUGUUCCACCUAUAAAUACGGGAACUGUAGCUUCAACCUCCACGGGAAUGGCUGUACCACAACCUCCAUCAUCGCCACAACCACCACCUAUUCAAGCUAAUAUUCCACCUCCACCGCCACCUCCUUGUGCUCCCUCGUUGCCUACACACAUCAACAG